AUGUAUGUGAAAUGGUUUGAUACAGUAAUGUUUUACUAUGUUAUUUUAGUGAAUUUAGUGAAUGUCGCUGUUUGUCAUUUUCAAAUUUCACGCCAGUUCCGUCCCCGUAUGUCCCGACGCUCGCAGGGGACGGAACCCAGGUGACAGAUGCCAGCAUCCGCCGGAGGACCUUACAGGGGACACUGCAGGAGGGACAUCGCGGGAGCGCAGAACAAGGUAAGUGAUCAAGGGAUUCCGAAACAGCGCUGCAUGGUAAGCCCGAGUGUAGCUCAGGGUUACCGCUUGUGCUACACUAGGGAAUACCGCCAGGGAGGCUAC